AUGUACAUUGGUGGUAUUUAUGGGCGCAUGGAUGCACCCUCCUCCUUCUCCUCCUCAUCCCCUUCAUUAUUCUCACCACAAAACCAACCCCAUCCCAACGCCUACCAUCCCAAGCACGAAACUCCCCAGCCCCCAAGCAGAGUCAGCACCUCUCCCAACCCCACCAACCUGAACUCCACUCCCAGCUUUGAUAUCGUCACUCCCCCCGGUCGCCUGCGCCGGGUGCAUUGUUCCCAUACCAACCGCUCCAGACCCCGAGCGGCGGUGGCAAGGGUGGGAAGUAGUAGUGUUGUGAGUUUCGAUAGACGCAUGAUUUCGUAUGUGGGUUGUCUCUUUCUAAUUGAAGAAGAGCGAAACACUCUGGAGGUAUGCGUGCCCGUGUGCGAUAUCGAGUAUCUACACACGGCCGAGUCGGCUAAAGUUGACUCGAUGGAAACGCCGCGUGUGUGCGCGAGGAACAACGGCGAUAAGUUGAAUGCUGGCUCUAGGGUUCUUCCGAAAGGGUAUGACGCAAGCGGCGAUCGGAGUGAUUUCGAUCGAGGACUGGGGUGCUGGAAAGAGCGAUGGUGUGGUUGA